UACGAGGAUGUCGCCCGGGGAAGAUCGUGCAGAUGACUGAAGCAGAGGUUCGGGGCUUGUGCAUCAAGUCUCGGGAGAUCUUUCUCAGCCAGCCUAUCCUUUUGGAAUUGGAAGCACCACUGAAAAUCUGUGGAGAUAUUCAUGGACAGUAUACAGAUUUACUGAGAUUAUUUGAAUAUGGAGGUUUCCCACCAGAAGCCAACUAUCUCUUCUUAGGAGAUUAUGUGGACAGAGGAAAGCAGUCUUUGGAAACCAUUUGCUUGCUAUUGGCUUACAAAAUCAAAUAUCCAGAGAACUUCUUUCUCUUAAGAGGGAACCAUGAGUGUGCUAGCAUCAAUCGCAUUUAUGGAUUCUAUGAUGAAUGCAAACGAAGGUUUAAUAUUAAAUUGUGGAAGACCUUCACUGAUUGUUUUAACUGUCUGCCGAUAGCUGCCAUUGUAGAUGAGAAGAUCUUCUGCUGUCACGGAGGAUUGUCACCCGACCUGCAGUCGAUGGAGCAGAUUCGUAGAAUCAUGCGGCCCACUGACGUCCCUGACACAGGUUUGCUCUGUGAUUUGCUGUGGUCUGACCCAGAUAAGGAUGUGCAAGGCUGGGGGGAGAACGACCGUGGCGUUUCCUUCACUUUUGGAGCUGAUGUCGUCAGUAAAUUUCUGAACCGCCAUGACUUAGACUUGAUCUGUCGAGCUCACCAGGUGGUGGAAGAUGGUUAUGAAUUUUUUGCUAAAAGACAGUUGGUGACCCUAUUUUCAGCCCCAAAUUACUGUGGCGAGUUUGAUAAUGCUGGAGGAAUGAUGAGUGUGGAUGAAACUUUGAUGUGUUCAUUUCAGAUAUUGAAACCGUCUGAAAAGAAAGCUAAGUACCAGUAUGGUGGACUGAAUUCCGGACGUCCUGUCACUCCACCUCGAACAGCUAAUCCACCGAAGAAAAGGUGAAGACAGGAAUUCGAUAAAGAAACCAUCAGAUUUGUUAAGGACAUACUUCAUAACAUAUAAGUGUGCACUGUAAAAUCAUCCAGCCAUUUGCCACCCUUUAUGAUGUCACACCUUUGACUUAAGGAGACGGGUAAAGGAUCUUAACUUUUUUCUAGUGGAAAGAUGUGCUCCACUGUGUGUAACAAGUGUACUCCGCUACAAUAGUCAACAGGGUUACAUCCAAAUUCCAAAUUGCCCCUGCGAGCUACAUCUUCACAAUCAGUUUUUAAAAUUGAGAAGCAUCCCAGUUAAACUAGAUGUGAUAGUCACCAGAUGAAAGCAUGAAGACCCAUCUGUGUAAUGUGGUUUUAGUGUUGCUUGUUGUUUAGUUAUUUGGGGCUUGUUUUGUUUGUUUGUUUGUUUUGCUAGAGUAAUGGCAAAUAUUUUAAUUUUUUUUUCCCUUGAACGUUUUUAAAAAGUGAAGCAUGGGAAGAGCUUUAAAGACAUUCACCAAACUCUGACUUUCCCUUGCUUACCCACUUAUGGUCCUGUGUGAUCUUACUACGGAAACUCUUACUCCUUGUUACAAUAAAUGGAAGCUUGGAGAUUGAUUUUUAAAGCACGCAAGCUGUCCAAUCCAAUGACUUUAACCAUCCAGUUUGACUGGGCAAACCUGAUAGUGACUAUUUUGCUUGAUACAGAAAUGGACACUGAUUUGGACUUGUGCACUCUGGUUUCUAACUUAUUGACGCUCUAUCGUGCAGUGCGUUUCACUUAACUUUAAGAUAAGGCUCAUAUAGUGUCAUCCAACUAGUUGGUGAUGUGAUUCUGUGGUACCUUGGCUUUAGGUUUUAAUUCGCACGAAACACCUUUUGGCAUGCUUAACUUUCCAGUAACACCCUCACCUGCAUUGGUUUUGUUUUUUGGGGUUUUUGUUGUUGUUUUGUUUUUAGAUCCACAGUACCUUGGAAUCCUUUUUUGACAAGCCUUGGAAAGCUGACACUAUCUCUUUUUUUCCUCCCUUUAUGCAAAGGAUGUAUUUAAAUGAAUGCUGGUCAGUGGGACAUUUUGUCAUCUAUGGGUAUUGGGUGCUUAACUGUCUAAUAUUGCCAUGUGAAUGUUGUAUACGAUUGUAAGGCUUAUGUCACUAAAGAUUUUUAUUCUGAUUUUUCAUAAUCAAAGGUCAUAUACUGUAUAGAGAUGCUUUGUAGUGAACUAUAGUAGCAAUAAUUUCUGUACACGAUCUAGAGUUUAUUGCAGCCUUUUUGUUCCUGUUCUCUCUCUUUUUUAAGGGUAGUACUAACAAUGGCAAGGAGUAGAAAAGUCAACAGAAGGGUUUUAGGAGGACUUGCAGGCACGGCUUUGUGAUUCUUUGGAUGUGACACUGUUGGAUGUGAUUCUAAAGCUUUGACUGAGCAUUGUCGCAUUUGUGAGCUUCCUAGGGAUGGAUGUCGUGUGUACAGUGCCCCUCUGUGUGUGCUGCCAUGGGUGUGAGACUCCCGACCCUCAUGUUGUGUCUGAAAGUGUUCACCUGAGAAUUCUGUUAACUUACAUCUUAUGAAUUGGCGCGUUGUAUUACUGCAAGAGGUAUUUGAUUUUUCAGCACAGUGCAAAAGUUCUUUAAAAUGCAUUUGUCUUUUUUUCUAAUUCCAUUUUGUUUUAAAGCACAUUUUAAAUGUAGUUUUCUCAUUUAGUAAAAGUUGUCUAAUUGAUAUGAA